UAAUAUUAUUUCUUCCACAAGCAAUAGCCACACCUCUCUUUCCUCUCUUAUAAAUCACACACAUAAUCACACACUUGAAUUCAAAACUUUCUCUUGAUUUCUUCAACAAUUCAAUACACCUGCUUCCCAAUCUCCAUCAACAUGCCUGAAAGCAAGAAAGUGGUUAUUAAACUAGACGUCCACGACGAUGAUGACAAAAGGAAGGUUUUAAAGGCGGUUUCCGGUCUUUCAGGGAUCGAGUCCUUAGCUAUGGACAUGAAAGAACAGAAACUGACGGUAAUCGGAGACGUUGAUCCAGUCGAUAUUGUUGGAAAACUCAAAAAAUGGCACACGAACAUACUCACCGUUGGACCGGCGAAAGAACCGGAUAAAAAAGCUGAACCAGAAAAGAAAGAAAAGAAAGAUGAUAAAACUGAAGAGGAGAAGAAGAAGGAGAAAGAGCAGCAGGAAAGAUUAGAAGCUUUUAGAAAAUAUAUGGAAGCUACUUGUGGGGGAUAUAACCCGUACCAGUACCCGUACUCGUACCCGACACAACGAAUCUGUCUUCAUCCUGUGGAAGAUGAUCCCACUGGUUGUGUUAUUUGCUGAUUGUACAAGAAAGGAUGCAUGUAUAUGGGGUUGACUUUGGGUUGUUGAUCAUUGUCAUGGUUUGUUUUGUAAAGGGUUGAAUAAUGCAUUUUGGAAGUACUUCAUGUUGAAUUAAAGUAUGAAAACAAUGAGUUGACAAAUGUAUCCUUCUAGAUAACA